GACUUGUGCCGUUGUUUGGUCCAUAGUUAUGGGCACUGGCUCUUAACAGCUACGAUGUGUAUCGACCGUGAACCGUGGACGAAUCGACGGAAACGUUUAAAAAUAUUUUAUUGUCACCCGGAGGAGGAAUGAGAUGAAUGCCGUGUCAUCUGGAAGCUAAGGUAAGCCUCCUUGUUGUAUCCGUUUUUUUCUUUAAAAAUUAUGCCUAUAAGAGCGCUUUUGAGUACUAGUAAUAUAGAUUCUUUCGUUCGGAAACUGCUCGAUUCCGAAAUUAGUCACAUGGCAAAGCACAUGGUUUUCGAAACUCAAAUGAGCUGUCGUUUGCAAUUUCGUGUCAUUGUUGGGUGUUGUUUUACGGAGUUGAUUUCUGUCUGUUGGCGAUUUCUAUUAUCGGAGCUAUGGAUGUUUUUUGUACUGAAAAUGCUGAUAACAAGUCUCUAGUAUAUUCGGGGACAAAAGCAUUAUCGGAGCCCUCGAGUGGCCGGGGUAAUUCGCAAGGCCAGGAGAGGUGUAGCUUCGAAGAAGCUUACGUCGAGUUCCCCUCUCGCUGGGACUUAAAUGCCACAAUUGUGGAAAGCGAGAUUGAGAGAAAACUUUCAAAUACUUAUCAAACAAAUGCUAUACAAAUUUUAAAUAAUCUAUACCAAAUAACAAAUGUCAAAUACCAAAUGCUGAACAACUGUGAAAUACAUGACCUAUCAGAUGAGGAAUUGCUGAAACAUGAAAAUACCAAGGAGCAGAGCGAAUCUGUUACGGUACCCGAGCAGUAUAUCGACACAUGUAUAAGAAAACCUGAACUCCAAAACGGAAUUCUACUCCAGGUGUCAAGUAAGUUUAAUUUUCAAUGCAGUGGCGAUCGUCAAUUUUCAAAUGUACUCGACAAUAACAAAAUUCAGCUACGAAAUUCAAGAGCAGUGGUAGUCUCUCAUUUACGAAUGAGAUGAGGAAGAGAGCCCUCUAGAAUUUCUUUCAGUGUGGUGACUAGACUUUUUAAAAGGAGAAAGACAAGAAAUGCGGUCAAAUUAUACACUAAGAAUUAUGUGCCUCCAUCAUCUAUGUUGAAGGUUAUGCUGUGCGAAUAUGCUCGUAAUCACUUCUUUGAACAAUGCAGAAGAUCAAACUUCACAGUUUUCCCGAAGAAGUAUUUUAUUAGACGGAAGCUUCAUUUGUUUGUUUUUCGACUGAGGACACUGAAGCAUAAAAAGUCACCUUCGUCUUGUAUUUAUACUGAAAACAAUAUUUACAAAAAAUUAGGGCAGCUCCGCGUUAAAACUUAUCAUUUAUCUAGCAGAAUCAUAUCACUUAGUGGAGAUGUUGAAUUAAAUCCAGGGCCUUCAGAACAGACUUGUAAUCCCUUGUGUAGUUCAUCACGUAUGAAUUCUGCAUCUCUAUUAGAAACAAGAUUGUUUUACUUAGGCAGAACUGCAGUUGAUGUUGGAGGAGGUGGUGAUUGCUUUUUUAGAGCUGUAUCGCAUCAACUUUAUGGCAAUCCCAAUAAUCAUUUUUAUGUGCGCAGUGUUGGUGUUCAGUAUUUAGUGCAUAACCCUGAACAAUUUAUAGAGAGCAACACUGAGCAUUCUUGGCAAGAUUAUUUACAAAGAAUGUCAAAUGAGGGAACAUGGGCUGAUGCUAUCANGUGA